CGGCUCUGGAAAUCUCGGUCAGGAGCCGAGCAGCGCAAACCACACGGCCUGGGAUCCUCGGCAUCUGCUUGGAGAGGGGCUCUUGCCAAAUUCCGUCGCUCUGGCGCGGAGAGAGAGAGGCCCCGGGGGGCCGGCGGGGAGCCGGAGCGGUGCCUGGAUCCAGCCCGGGGAGGCGGCGGCCGCUCACCAUGGCAGACGAUGAGAAGGCCGGCGGGAGUUCCGCGGACGGCGGCGAGAGCGCGCACUGCAACGUGCUGAGCUGGGAGCAAGUGCAGCGUCUGGACCGCAUCCUCAGCGAAACCAUCCCCAUCCACGGCCGCGGUAACUUCCCCACGCUGGCCAUGCAGCCUCGGCAGAUCGUCAAGGUGGUGCGGAGCCGGCUGGAAGAGAAGGGCAUCGGCCUGCGGGACGUGCGGCUGAACGGCUCGGCCGCCAGCCACGUCCUCCACCAGGACAGCGGCCUGGGCUACAAGGACUUGGACCUCAUCUUCUGCGCCGACCUCAAAGGAGAAGCCGAAUUUCAGACUGUGAAGGACGUGGUCUUGGACUGCCUCUUGGAUUUCUUACCCGAGGGGGUGAAUAAGGAGAAGAUCACGCCUCUCACACUCAAGGAGGCUUAUGUGCAGAAAAUGGUAAAAGUAUGCAAUGAUUCAGACCGAUGGAGUCUUAUCUCCCUGUCCAACAACAGUGGCAAAAACGUGGAGCUGAAAUUUGUGGACUCUCUGAGGCGGCAGUUUGAAUUCAGUGUCGAUUCCUUUCAAAUCAAGCUGGACUCCCUGCUGCUUUUUUAUGAGUGCUCAGAGAAUCCGAUGACUGAAACUUUUCACCCAACUAUCAUUGGCGAGAGCGUUUAUGGGGAUUUCCAGGAAGCCUUUGAUCACCUCUGCAACAAGAUAAUUGCCACCAGAAACCCAGAAGAAAUCAGAGGAGGUGGUCUUCUGAAGUACUGCAACCUUUUGGUAAGGGGCUUUAGGGCAGCCUCUGAAUCUGAGAUUAAAUCCCUGCAGAGAUACAUGUGUUCGAGGUUUUUCAUUGACUUCUCAGACAUUGGCGAGCAGCAGAGAAAGCUGGAGUCCUACUUGCAGAACCACUUUGUGGGAUUAGAAGACCGCAAGUAUGACUAUCUCAUGACCCUUCACGGUGUGGUGAAUGAGAGCACAGUGUGCCUGAUGGGACAUGAGAGGAGACAGACUCUGAAUCUGAUCACCAUGCUGGCCAUCCGGGUCCUAGCCGAGCAAAAUAUCAUACCCAACGUGGCCAAUGUCACCUGCUAUUACCAGCCAGCCCCAUACGUAGCAGAUGCCAACUUCAGCAAUUACUAUAUUGCCCAGGUUCAGACGGUGUUCCCUUGCCAGCAGCACACAUACUCUACUUGGCUGCCCUGUAAUUAAGAACUGAACUUAGUAGACCCCGUGGAGAGAACUUUCUCUAAGGUGUAGGAAGGGGCGACGGGUCCCUCUGAAAUGGGGUGUUUUGUGCAAUGAUGAUCUGCUCUAGUUUUCAAGCUUGGGACAAGCUUGUGAUUCUUCUAAUAAUUAGUGGGAGCAUGAUCAAGAAAGAACCCCAAAAUAAUUGGAUCCUGCCCCAGAGCACAAGAGGCCUGUCAUUAAAAGCAACCAGCUUCCCCUGAAAUAAGUGAGGGAGGAAUGCCUGAUGACAAUAUGGGUUGGCAAUAUCUGCUCCCAUAGCUUUGGCAUAGAGAAGGUGGGAAAGCCUUAUUUUCUUUUAUUUUUAUUCUUACUCUAGAAUGGGAUCUGCAAAAGGGAGAAUAUGAAAGAAACAAAACAAAAAAAAAACAACAAAAGAAAAAAAAAACUUCAGAAAAAACAGUUCUAUAUAUAUUCAGGAGUUAAAAGUUAGAGGCAUAAAGCAGAGAUAAGCUGAAUAAAGUUGUAUAUUGGAAUUACUGCAUUUGGGGCUUGCAGCAAGUGCCGUCUAUGGAUUGACCAUGUAGAAUGUAUAGCUUGCUUGACUAGAAUGCUUUACCAGAAACAGCUUGCUCCAAAUGAACAGUAGUGGAUUGGUACAGUUAUAGAAGCAGAAACACGUACGAUGACAAAGUCCAUUAUUUCCAGCUGUGUGCAUGCCUCACAUUUUAAAAAUGUGAGAAUGCUGGAAAACCAGCUGUGGCAAGAAGUAUAUACUUAAGGACCAAAGAUUUCACAAAAAAGUUAUCCAAGCAAAGAAGAUACAGUAGAGUAUAUAUAUAUAAAUAUAUAUAUAUGUAAAAGGAGAUGUUCCUAUAUUUGUACACACCAAUAGUAAUCAAAAGUGCCUGAUGCCUUCAUAAAAUUUGAAGUGAGAAAAAAAUUAUAUAGUUUUGUGGUUUAACCAUGCAUUUUGUUUUAUCAGGGACACAAGGAUUAAAAAAAAGCAAACCAACCCAUAAGCUUGUGAAUAAGUGGUGGAGGAAAUGCCCUAUUUUUUUUCUUGGCAAAUACCUGUAUAGAGUUAAUGUUUUGUCGGUGUGCUAUUAUCCUAGGUACGUGUGUGUAUGUGUGUAUAUAUGUUUGUGUGUGUAUAUAUGUACAUGUCAUUGGUGUAUAUCUAUAUAUAUACACACACAAUAUAUAUUAAUGUGGUCUAGGAAAAUGUAGCAAUUAAGGAAUGUUUAAAUAAAGUACUACUUGUUUUCCAGUUUGCAACAGGAUGUCAUAGGACAGUGGGCACCUUGCAGUGAAAUUUUAACCCACACCUGAGAAAUUUGGAGUUAAUGAACCAGUCAGGAUUAAGGUGGGAUUCAGAUAAUGUCUUUGGUUGCAAGAACAAAGAUUACAGUAAUUCAGUGGGUUGCUUGUGAGCCAUAAUAAUUCCACAGAUGGAGAAACAUAUGACUAGCUGAUUUUUUUAAACUGUUUUGUACUGUAAUGCCAUUUUGACAUUUAACCCACUAAUGUUGUGACUGCAUACCUCCAUGAUGUGUAAUUUCAGUGGAACGUGGAUCAAAGAUAGGUUUAUUUAAACCCCCUGACAGCUAAAGAAUAUUGUAUUAGUUGGUAAUUUGAACACUAAUUGUUAAUAUUUACAGGAGUAUUUUUAAUAGAAUGCAUUAUGCAUUCCAGGACCACUAGAAUUUAGCAAAUGUGAAAUGAACCCUUUUUAAGAGUGUUGCACGAUUGCUGAAAAUUAUAUUUUAUAUAUAUAUUAUAUAUAUAUAUAUAUAUUUUUAUGCAAAUAUUAAACAUCUUUGAUCUGGUUGUCACACUGCAUUUACAAUUUUAGUACUGUACUUUAUUUAAAUGGAAUCACUUUACAUUGGAACAAUAGCUAUUCACUUUCAUUUCCUCUCCCGAAAGACCAGCAGGGGGGAAAAAAACCAACCUCCUCCGCUGCUGUUUUCACUUCAGUGCCAUCUCUGAAGGUGUUAAAUUCUUUGUUGUGCUUUGAAAACCUAGUGGCUAAGUGACACUUGACUCUGAUAGUUUGCUUUUUCUUUCUGAGGGGGGAGAAAAAAAAAAAAGGGAAUUCAGGCUUUUGAAGGAAAUCCAUCUGUGCCCUGCCUGGCCACAGGCACGGUCUGGCGUUGGAGUCAGGGGCAGAGAGAGGGAGAGGACUCGUGUCCUGGCAGCGUGUUUUCCCUAUGGAGUGAGCAAGGUACAUCUAUUUUUGUCGCGCUUUGUACUUUUCACUCUGCAGGCACUUUAAUAGGAGCCCGAUUUGUUUACUGAAG